AUGAAUUUUUACCUUAAUGUAUUUGAAGAAAUAGAAAAUAUACUAGAAAAAUGUAAUCAUGAUACCUACUUAAAAAUAUGUAACACCAUAGAAUAUAUUAAAAAAAAUUACAAAGGUGAAAUUGAUGAGCUAGCGAUACCCAAUAAAAAGUUUUCAAAAAAAAAAAAAAAUAAUAACAUCAAUGAUAUUAACAACCUGAACAGCAAGGUAAAUAACAUCACCAUUGAAAAUGACAAUCAUAAUAAAACGAAAAAGGGAAAGAAAUUGGGAAAAAUAGAAUGUGUUAACAGUAUAAGAAAUUACUUCAAAGUAGUGAAACAUGAACUAAGCCAUUUAGAUGGGUCAGAUACAAUUGCAAAUACAGUUAUCGGUGACAAUAACAAUAAAACGGUAUCCCCAAUAAAUAUUUUUUUCCUUUAUGGGAAUUUUAACAUUAUAAUAAUUAUUUAUUACAUACUAUAUAAAUUAAACCUUUUUAAUGAUAACCUAUUUAUAAAUGAUAAAAACAGAACUAGUUACGCUAGCAAUAAUAAUAAUACCAUAAAUAUUAUUAAUAAUUGCAAUAAUCCCGAUUUUUCCAUUUUUAACAACAAAAAUAUAUCCCAUAUAAUUUGCCUACAAUUAAAAGACAAUUUUUUAGACAAUAUUAAUGAUAUAUUGAAAGAUAUAUUAACAACUCCGAAAUUAAAUUCUUUUAAAAUUUUUAUUUUUGAAGCUUUUCAUUUUUUACCUGUACAGUUCAGAAAAAUAUUUAUAAAUAAAGUUAUCAAAAGUAAAAAUUUAAUAUUUAUUCAUAGCAAUAGUUAUUUAAAUGAUUCUUUUAUAAGCAAUUGUUUGUAUAUUAGGAUUCCUAAGCCCAAUCGAGAUUUAUUUAAUAGCCACAUUUUAAGUGUUAUGCAAAAAAAAUAUAAAAUUGAUUUUUACACAAAUAAGACAAAAAAUAAUCAUAUUCAAAAUGAAAAUAUUCAAGAUUUAAAACAAUAUACCGAAAAUGUUAUAAAUAGCUGUAAUUAUGAUCUUCCACUAAUAUUGGUAAUAAUUUAUUUAAUACAACUUAAUAAUUUUCCUGAUAUAAAUAAAAUUAUUAAAUUAAUUAUAAAUUCAAACAUUAAAAAAUUAAUAAAUGCUAUACAUAAGUGUAUUAUGAACACACAUUCGUUUAUAUCAAUCAGAAAUAUUUUAUAUUCGAUUCUUUUAACCUAUAACUUUGACAUACAUAAUUUUUUAAAUAUUUUUUGUAACCAAUUAAUUUCAUUUCAUAAAUAUAAUGACAAUUAUAAAAAAGAAUUAUAUUCUUUAUUUUCUGAAUAUUCGUAUUAUUGUGCAAUGCAUGACAAUCAUAUUUGUACAUUGGAAAAUCUAGUUUUGAAAAUUAUUAUAAUCGAGAAAAAAUAUGUCGAUACAACACACAAUCAUUGUGUUGCUAUGACUGAUGAAACGGAAGCAAUUAAUACUAUCCGUAAUUCUGGAACCAUUUAA